AUGAAUGGAACAAUAUUAGAUCAAUUUGUAGGAAAUGAAGAAAUUAGAGGUACCAUUGUAGAAGAAUUCAAGGAUCAACCAAUUGAUACAAUUAGAAUAGUAUUAGUUACUUUAAUUAGUUCAUAUACUAAAAUGAUAUCGGUUCAUGAUACACCUGAUAGUACAACAUCAAUCUAUUGUGGCUAUAAAGAUGGUACACCUGUAAACUAUGGUGGAUUAGUUUACAGUUCCCAGAUUAUAAAGACUGGAUUUGGCACCAAACCAAAUAUACUAUUCUCGUUUUGGAAGUCAAAGGAUUUUGAAUUACUCGAGAGAAUAACAGACCGAUACUAUCCACUUGCCAAACUACGAGGUAGCACCAUCAUCAUAUCAUGGCCCAACAAAAAUGAUUCUUCUUACUUUUUAUCAAAAUCAAAUAGAUUAACUCCAAAUCAAAUUGAAGAUCAACAAAUAUUUAUUUAA